CAAUUCCAUAUGAUUACAUAACCAAUAUGCAAAUACACCAUUUUUCAUACAGAUCUUACAUGAAAUACCCAUUGUUCAUUUUCCCCUAGAGAAACUCCCUUUUUUCCUGAAAAAAAAAAAAAAAAAAAAAAAUCAUACGAAGCUUUUCUUCUACCUGAAAUGGAAAUCUCAAAUUUUGGUCCCCCCAUUUCCUGACCAAACUCGUUACUCACAAAUUCAUCACUUGCAAGCUCACAAGUUAUAAAAAAAAAAAAAAAAAAAAUGCUUCGAGCUCUCACUCAGAAACGCUCUGUCCACCACCACCUCAAAAGCCUCUCCUCCACACCCACCACCUUCUUCUUCACAUCUCCCAUUUCCCGAAACCCCUUAAACCCCACAAGAGCAUUUUCCACAUCUCCUUCUUCUUCGUCAGAUGCGGAGCUCAGAAAAUACCUGGGCUACACGGCCCUCGUCCUCUUCUGCGGCGCCGCCACCUACUACUCCUUCCCUUUCCCCGAUAACGCCAAGCACAAGAAGGCCCAGAUCUUCCGCUACGCCCCUCUACCCGAAGACCUCCACACCGUCUCCAACUGGAGUGGGACCCACGAGGUCCAGACCCGGGUCUUCCACCAGCCGGAGAAUUUGGAGCAGUUGGAGAAGGUUGUCAAGGAAGCCCAUGAGAAGAAGACCCGGAUUAGGCCGGUCGGGUCGGGGUUGUCGCCGAACGGGAUCGGGUUGUCUAGGGCGGGGAUGGUGAAUUUGGCAUUGAUGGAUAACGUGUUGGAGGUGGAUAAGGAGAAGAAAAGGGUCAGUGUUCAGGCUGGGAUAAGGGUCCAGCAGUUGGUCGAUGGGAUUAAGGAGUAUGGGAUCACUCUUCAGAAUUUUGCCUCCAUUAGGGAGCAGCAGAUUGGUGGCAUCAUUCAGGUUGGUGCGCACGGUACUGGUGCAAGAUUGCCUCCAAUUGAUGAGCAGGUUAUCAGCAUGAAACUGGUCACGCCUGCUAAAGGGACAAUAGAAGUCUCAAAAGAGAAAGAUCCGGAGUUGUUUUAUCUAGCUCGUUGUGGUCUUGGGGGCCUUGGAGUGGUUGCUGAGGUCACCCUUCAGUGUGUUGAGAGACAGGAGCUUGUGGAGCACACUGCCAUCUCAACCAUGGAAGAGGUCAAGAAAAAUCACAAGAAAUUACUAUCUGAUAAUAAGCACGUGAAGUACCUCUAUAUACCAUAUACCGAUUCUGUUGUGGUUGUGAGGUGCAACCCUGUAUCAAAAUGGAAAGGUCCGCCAAAGUUCAAACCCCAAUACACUACAGAUGAAGCAUUACAACAUGUUCGGGAUCUCUACAGGGAGAGUCUGAAGAAGUACAGAGAAAGACAAGUUACGGGUCAAUCUGAAGAAAAUGCUGAACAAAAUAUAAAUGAGUUGUCAUUUACAGAGUUGAGAGAUAAACUGCUUGCUCUUGAUCCUCUUAACAAAGACCAUGUCAUAAAAGUUAAUCAAGCUGAGGCCGAGUUCUGGAGAAAGUCGGAGGGAUACAGAGUUGGAUGGAGUGAUGAAAUUCUUGGCUUUGAUUGUGGUGGCCAACAGUGGGUUUCAGAAACUUGUUUUCCUGUGGGCACGGUGGCUAAACCAAACAUGAAGGACCUUCAAUACAUUGAAGAUGUGAAGAAGCUGAUAGAAAAAGAAAAGGUACCUGCACCUGCCCCAAUAGAGCAGCGGUGGACUGCCCGCAGUAAGAGCCCCAUGAGUCCAGCUUCAAGUCCCUCAGAGGAUGAUAUAUUUUCAUGGGUUGGCAUAAUCAUGUACCUUCCUACCUCAGAUGCUCGCCAGCGAAAGGAAAUAACAGACGAGUUUUUCCACUACAGACAUAUGACCCAGACAGAGUUGUGGGAUCAGUAUUCUGCUUAUGAACAUUGGGCUAAGAUUGAGGUUCCAAAGGAAAAGGAAGAGCUAGCAGCUCUCCAGGCUAGGCUAAGAAGGCGCUUUCCAGUCGAUGCAUACAAUAAAGCACGAAAAGAAUUGGAUCCCCACGGGAUUCUCUCCAAUAACAAGCUUGAUAAGCUUUUCCCAAUGUCGGUAACUGUUUGAGAAGCAACCUGCAUUCCUUUGUGGUUCAUUGAUUUUUUUUGUUAGAAGUUAUUUGCAUCCAUCAAUUUCACAUGGUUUUGCUAGACAUGAUACAAACAUUUUCUUAGCUUCAAGAAUUAUGACUACAUUAAGGGGAGUUUUUGAAUAUAAAAUACCUUUUUCAAGAUUCCAUAUCAUUCUUUUACGAAAAUCCCUCUUUUUACAUUCU